AUGAGCUUGUACAAGGAUUUACUAUGGAACCGUCCAGGAUCCAAGACUGCCAAAGACAAGAAAAAAGAAGAGAGGAUGAAGAGAAUCUUCCACCUCUUCCCCAAAAGAAAAAGAUCCCUUCGAAGCCACCCCAAGAAACACUCUCCUCACCUCUCAAAAAUCCCCAUAAAGAAACGACCUGUUUUAUACACCACCACGCCUCCCAAAUGGAUCCACCGCUUGAAGAAAGAUAUGAACAUAGCCAACGAUCCCAUCCUCAUCGCAGGGAAGCCUCUCGACCUCAACGACGUCGAUCCAGACCAAAACCGUCUCUCUAUCCCUUUCCAAACCCUGCAGCGAAACGACUUCUUGACGUCUGACGAGUUGAAGAUUCUUGGAGACCAAGGCGUUAACAACGGUGGGAGGAUUGGUGUGGCUGCGUUUCUCGUUGAUCAAAGGACUAAACAGUGGAAAGUGGUUUUGAAGAAGUGGGUUCGUAUGUGUGAUGAUUCAGGGAAAGUUCUCAGUAAUUAUCUGUUGAGUGGUGAAUGGAGUGAUGUCGUUGAGGCUAAUGGGUUGAGAGAUGAGGACAACAUUAGUCUCUGGUCUUUCAGGCUCAAUGGGUUCCUCUUCUUUGCUCUUGACUUUGCAGGUGACUCCAUAGACUUCUUAGAGUAA